CUGCUGCAUAUCUCCGCUUCAACGUCUACGCACGACAUCCUGAAUUCGGGAAGCCGCGAGACCGCGAUAUGUUGGUCACCAACAUGUUUCAGCCGGACAUACUGGUCCUGUCUCGCUUGCGACGCGACAGAGGUAGGAGAGGAUAAAAAAGCAGCAAAAUAGCUCUUUCACGCACACAGUACCAGAAAGGAACAAGCAACAUCACCGGAACCAAGUACCUCAGAAGAAGACAGUACAAAACAUCAACCAUGCCCACUUCACUAAAAGAGAUCCGCGCUUCCAACGCCUCCCUCCAUCAAACCCACUCCUCGCCCACAACAGCUCUCUUCGUCGGCGCAACAAGUGGCAUAGGCCUCGCAACCCUCCAAGCCUUCGCCAAACACAUCCCCUUCCCCCACACCAUAAUCAUCCGCCGCAACCAAAAGACUUUCCAACCUCACCUCGACAAUCUGAAAACCCUCAACCCCAACAGAACCUACACAUUCCUCGAAUCCGACAUUUCCCUCCUCGCGAACGUCGACUCAGUCAGCCAAGAAAUCAAGUCUAUCCUCUCACAGCAACCCAAUAGCAAACUCGACCUCCUCUUCCUCUCCCAAGGCUACAUCUCCUUCACCGGCCGCGAAGAAAAUGCCGAUGGACUUGACAACUCUGUGUCAUUACGUUACUACUCCCGCAUUCGCUUCAUCCAAACCCUCCUACCAGUCAUGUCCUCUUCCGCGCGAGCGGUAUCGAUUCUCGCAGGAGGGAAAGAAGGCAAAAUCUUCGAAGAUGAUCUCGAUCUCAAAAAGAAUUAUUCUGUUGGAAAUGCAGCGGGACAGUUUGCUACGAUGAUGACAUUGUCUUUCGAUAACUUUUCUUCGCAGUCCGAGAAUUCUGGGACGGGGUUUUGUGCAUGUUUUUCCGGGGUUGACGAGCACGGGUCUACUUGGGAGGAGUGCGAAGGGUGUGCUGGGAGUUUUGAUGAGAUGGGUCGUGGAGCCGCUGUUGGGUGCUUUGGUGAUGGGGAAGGCAGAGGACGUGGGGGAGAGGAUGUUGUUUUAUGCGAUGAGUGA